UUUCUUGUAGAUGUAGCCAAAGGACAUAGAACCGCCUCACCUGUUCUGCUGUUGGAGGAUGGCGACUGCAGCGGUGGAUCCACACCUGGGCUCAGGCCCGGACGAGGACGCUGUGUCUCUGUCAGCGAGCGAGUACAACUCAGACAGCAUCCUCUCCGAUGACUCGGUGCUUCCCGAAUACUCGCCAGAGGUAACGGACAGAGGUGCGGUGUCGACUCUGUAUCAAGCAUGCGCCCGCAAUGAGCCCGUUUCUCUGCGGCGAGUUCUGGAGAGAGGGGUCACAAAAGAGGAAGUCAUGGAACUGGACAUCAACAGCUGGAAUGGCUUGAUGGUGGCUUGCUGCAAAGGUUUCAUAGAUAUCGUGUAUGGGCUUCACAGCUGUCCUUUUAUAGACAUAAACCACCAGGACAAUGAAGGCAACACUGCACUGAUGAUCGCAUCCCAAGCUGGUCAUAUCAGCACAGUCAUGUAUCUCCUGAACUACUAUCCCGGUAUAGACCUGGAAAUAAAGGACUGUCGUGGUUUCACAGCCCUCAUCAAAGCUGCUAUGACCGGGCGCAAUGAUGUCGUGGCUUCCCUCGUUAUGGCUGGAGCAAACAUUCACGAAGUCGACUCCACAAAAGGAAAAUGUGCCCGGGACUGGGCCCUGAAAACAGGACGCUAUGAGACCUUGCAACGCCUGCGUCGCUUGAACAUUCGGCCAAAAGCUGAGCAGUUCUGUGAGAGUUAUGUCCCUGAAUGGCCUGAGCUCAAGGAGAAGGUAGCCAAGGCCACAGGGGAGAAAAGCGCCACGGAAAAGAUUACCCAGCGGAUAAAAAACACAUUUGGGUUCAGUUUACCUCGUGACCCACAGGACAACGGGGUCUUGGACCACAUGGUCCGCAUGACCACCAGUGUUCAUAGUCCCCUAAUUUCAACUGGAUGCCGUCCACUCUGCCCCAAGAGUCCUCCAGAGGUGGGGAAGAGGCGGCUAGCUGUACCAGAGCUGAUGGUGAAACACCCAGACAAGAAGCUGGAAGAGUCGUCGGUAUGCCACAGCAACGGCUCUGUGUCACACAUCAUCCCCACAAUCCACUCUGUAGAGUCCAGCGACACAACCUGCUGUGCCGACACUAUGCGGCGAGGCAGCAUCCUAUCAUUGGCCUCCACCAAAGUCGCUAGCACAUUUAUUCCUCGCAGCAUGGCGAGGAGGAACAGCGUGUUCCCCUCCGGCUGCAUUCCCAAGAUAGAUAUCAUCAGGCCGACAGAGGCAACCCCAAAGAAAGAAAAGAAGAAGAAGAAGAAUAAGAUCAAGGGCUUCCUUGAACCACCCAUAUGGAGGUACAAGGAGAUCAAGGAUGAGAAAAAGAAAGAGAAGAAGAAGCUGGAGAAAGAGAAAGAGAAGCAAGAGAAAGAAAAGAAAGAGAAGCAAGAGAAAGAAAAGAAAGAGAAGCAAGAGAAAGAAAAGAAAGAGAAAAGGAAAGACAGCAAGAAGACCAAACACUAGGAGUUUUAAGAAUAAGGGCUUUUCUGCUCCUGCGAUUACUCCUUAGUGUUUUUUAAAUGUGUUCAACUCAGGACUAAAGAACCAAAACCAAAUACAUUAGAAACUGUCAGUGAAAACGGAACCCACAAAGAGGAACACUGACUUAUGGAGGGCCUCAAGUGAGAACUGCAGAGACUCCUGAGGAGAUUGAGGCUUUCAGUUUAAAGGUUGAGACAAAUAUAUAUUUAUAAAAAUAUAUAUUUUGAAAUAGAACAGAAUAAUAAAGUUUAUUUUUACAUGAAUAUAUUUGAAGUUUAUAGAAUCUAACAUGAUUAUGAUAUAAUACAUGAAACCCAUGUUCACUGAUUGAUUCAGUUUCACAAGUGCUAAAGUUGUCAUAGUAUCUACCUCAUCAUUCACAACAAACACUUAGAGACAGACACUAUGUGUAAACCUGAACAAUCAUUCCCUUAUGCAAGAUGCAAAUAAAGAAAUAUACACCUGUGUCAUAGCUUAAUCAUAUUACUAGCUCAUAUAAUACUGUUUGUUUCCUGUUGCAUUUGCUGUAAGUUAUCUUUUGUAAAUAGUCAGCUAAAGUCAAUUCUCAAUACUGUACAGCAUUUAUACAAUUUUCUGAUACUGCCAAUACAAAAUUCAUAUGAUUUAUCUUGCUAAUUUACUCUG